UUUAUCAAUUAAAAUUAUGAAAUAACGUGUAUUCCUUUACAAAAUUUAUGAUCUGCUAGAGUUGACAAAAAAGGAUAUGAUAUUUUAGGAAUUAUAUAGAAAUAUAAAAUACCCAAUAAAUAAUACAUGUAUUUAAAAGUUUUAUUCAACAAAGUAAGAACUUUUCAAGAAGCUUAUCAACAAAAAACAACUAUUAGCGGAAAGAAUAAAAUGACUCGUGUAGUUGAAUAUUUGAAUAUUUAAAUCUCAUCAUUUUUUUAAUAUGGAUUCAAUGAUCAUUCACAUCCAAGCUAUACCAAUCAAAGGUUUAUCUUUAAACUACUCUUCAAAACUCCGUAUCAUUUAAAAAAAAAAAUGGUGUUAAAGAAAACUCCGUAUCUAUCCAGAAAUAGCGAAGGGAUACAUACUCUUUAUGAACCCAUUGGUUCUGGUUUUGAAACCCUAACACAUGAUUUGAUAUUACUACUAAUUAUCUUCUUACUGCUUUCCCACUAAUGCUAUACUCCCCCAAAAUCUUUUGUUUGACACGAGCUACGAACUAUAUUUAAAAUAUCAAUUAAUUCAGGCUUAUCAGUUAGCGGCAGGUGGAUAAAGGUGAUCACAUAGGAAAAAGAACAAAUCAAAAUAUUAUUAAUAUAACACAAAUAAAUAAAAUUCAGUCUUAUUCACGGUUUACACAUUCCUCUAUUUAAAGGAGGCAAAAGAGCUCAGAAGGGAAUCCAUUCACUCUCAAAAACUCGAAACACUUAGAGACAUUAAUUACAAAUCAGCGGUACAAAGAAUGGCGGAAGAGGCAUCUAGUUUGGUCGGGAUCAUUGAAACAACUGUAGAGCUAAAAUCUUCGGUGGAGAAGUUCCAUGACCUGCUUGUCGGGAGACCGCACCAUAUGUCCAAUGCAACUCCAUCCAACAUUCAGAGCGCUGAGCUGCAAGAAGGCGAAAUGGGCCAAGUUGGCGCCGUCAUCCUCUGGAAUUACGUUCAUGAUGGCGAGGCAAAGGUGGCGAAACAAAGGAUCGAGUCACUGGAUCCGGAUCACAAUCGGGUCACGUAUAAGGUGGUAGAGGGUGAUUUAUUGAAAGAGUACACGAGUUUCGUGACGACCUUCCAAGUGACCCCUAAAGAAGGAGAACCUGGAAGUGUUGCACAUUGGCACUUUGAGUAUGAGAAAAUCAACGAAGAGGUGGCUCACCCUGAAACUCUCCUCCAGUUAGCUGUUGAAGUCUCUAAAGAGAUGGAUGAACAUCUCUUAUCCGAGGAAUAGAGAGGAAGAAUCCUCAUAUGUAUCUAUUCUAUAUAUAUAUAUAUAUAUGUGUGUGCGCGACGUCUUAGGCACGUAAGCCGUACGUGUCCGAGCCAGUGCCGGCUCAACAGUAUUAUAGGCCCUAGGCAAAAAAAAAUUUUGGCCCUUAGAAUU